AAAGUGUGAGAAAAGUGAAAUGUAAAGUGAAGUAUAAAAGAUAAAUUAAAUUAUGUCAAAAAAUAAACAUAAAUUGAUUGAAGAAAGAAUAUUUUUAAACUUUUUCUUUAAUUUAUAUAAAUGCAUAUGCAAAUAUUAUUGCUGCCUUAGUAAAAAGUGAGAUACAUAUACUUACAUAUAUGUAAGUACAUACAUACAUACAUACUUUGGGCAUAUUGCUCAAAAAAUUUUUUUGGUAUUACAAAAAACAAAUUUUUAUUAAAGCAAAAAGAAAAUAUUUAAAAUACAAUUCUUGAAACAAUGCCUCCAAUUUGCAAAGUACAAUAUUGUAAAAGCAAAUAUAAAAAUAGUGAAACAAAUAAUGUGCAGUUCCAUAGGUUUCCAAAAAACCCAGAAUUACGAAAAAUAUGGAUAAAGGCAUGUUGUAAUAAAGAAUUGAAAUUUGCGGAAAAUGCUUCAAUAUGCGCACUUCAUUUUCGUAAAGAAGAUUAUUCUUUAAAAAGUAAUCUUUUAAAUGUACCUUUGCAUAAAAGAAGGUUGAAAGAAACAGCAAUUCCAACAUUACAUUUACCAAAUCAAAAGAAACCUUCAGGACGAGAUAUCAGAUCUAUUAGGAGAUCAAGAAAGCAAGAAGUAAAUGACUUGUUAAAAGCGUCAAUAUCGAGUGAAUCUAGCCCUAUUCAAGAAAUGAUUGAUUCUGUAGAAGAAUUUAAUGGUAUUUCUGGAUCUUGUAAUAUUGAAAUUCAAACAGAAACAAACUUAGAAUGUGCUCUACAAACGCAAGUAUCCAUUUUGCAAAAACAAUGCGAACAUUUAAAAAAAGCAAAUAAGCAGUUGAUGGAAGAAAAUAGGAAAAUGGCCAUAGAAAAUGACAACUUAGAAAAAUCAUUAAAACAUAUUUUUACUAAGGGGCAAAUAGCAAAAUUAAAAAAAUCUAAUAAAAAAAUAAAUAGGAAUAUAGAAGAUCCACUGCAAUAAGUUAAAGUAUUAUUUUUUUAUGGUGUAAUUUAUUUUAAGAAUAAAAGAAUUUAAUAAUCAAAGUUUCAAAAUAUAAAGUGUAAUACACAA